GGGAGUCUAGCAGCAGCGACACAAACACAAACGGCAGGCGAGGAAGUCACCACAGAGCUACAACCCAGUGCGGAACGGUAACUUACUUAGAAAAAUCAUGUCGAGGGGUGUGUUUUUAUUCGCGACCUGACAACUCCAGUCUGCUGCCUUGUAAUUAGUCACCGUUGUAUCACAUAAUACUGAUUUACAAGCCUGGUAGCCGUACAGUAACGCUCUGAAUGGGGAAGAGGAGAGCGAGACGCGGCUAACGUUAGUCUGAAGCUGCUAACUUACUCCAGCAGCCGAAGAUGAUGCGACGUCAGUGGCUUUUUGGUCAAAUCUGCGGUUAAAUAAACGCGUACUGCUGAAUAAAACACUGUAGUGACGAUAUUAAUCGAUCUCUUACUGAAUACUAUUAGUUAGGAGGCUAUUUGGACGUAAAUGAGGUGAAACUGAAAGGGUGGUGGUGGUGGUGUUAACUGGGCCAGAUCGCUUAUUUUAAGAUCGCUGGCGGGCGCUUGAGAUCUUUUCUAACAGACAAAAUGGCAACAGGCUCCAGUUUCCAUUCCGGAGGAGGGAGUGGAUCUAGAAACGGACCGUCAUUCGCACCACCGUCCUCUUCCUCGUCUGGAGUGCCGGGGCAGGCUCAGCCGAUGGCGGUGGUUUGGGAAUGGCAGGAUGAUCUGGGCUUCUGGAGGCCCUACACCGGACAGGUGAGCAGCUACAUCGAGCAGAGUCUCCAGAGAGGAGCCAACAGCAGCGGCAUCAGUCUGGCACAGGCAGACCCCAGCCUGUCUGCGUACAUCAUCGACAUCCCCAACCUCAAACAGUUCAGACAGGACACCGGAAAGAUGCGCGCUGUGCGGCGAUCCCUGUUCCCACAGUCCUCUGCUCUGGGCAGCGGGGUUCUUUGGGAGUGGGCCAGUGAUGAAGGAGGGUGGACAGCGUAUGAGAUCCGAACCUCCAUUUUGCUGGAGCACAGCUACCAGGCAGGGCAGGCCACGGCUGACCUGAGCUCACACGGCUACAACUACAUUGUGGACCUCACUGCCCUGGAGCAAGUCAACAAGUCCACCAGCUUCAGACGACGCGUCAGGCGGCAAGGUAGUGUGCCGUAUCCUCUGGCUUCCGGUUCGGUUAUUCACUCGGGCCCAGCCUGUACCUGUCACCAAUGCAUGAGCAAUAGCAGCGCCGCAGGACCCAUGCUGAGCCGGUCACGGCAUUCCUUCACUGCGGGGCAGGCCAGCCGGCCCAGCCUCCAGCCCCAGCAUGGAAGACUUCCUGCAACCAGUUCCUCCUCAGCCUACUCGCCCUACCCCAGAAGACCCCUCUCCAUGGGGAACUUGUUAUGGAAUGGCCCAUGGAGCACCCCCACCUCGGUGGCUCAUCCUUCAGGACCACCACAGGCUUUUGGUCACCAUGCAAAUGGCUUAAGCAUCCCAACCAUCCCUCUACACAUGAACGGAUCCAGUAAUGUGAACUCUGCACUGGCAGGCAUGGCUUCCAUUUUGAUGUCAGCUGCAGGACUGGGAGUUCGCUUCUUGACCGCCCCCUUCUCCCAGAGUGGCUCCAGCAGGCCCACCAAAAGCCAGCCCAACUCCGUUAAGAGGGCAAAGAGACAGUCCAGGACAGCACCAGCUCAGAAACCAGAAGAAGUCAUUAAGAAAUACAUGGAGGAAGUGCCUGUGGUCCCAGAUGAGGACUGUAUUAUCUGUAUGGAGCGCCUGUCCUGCCCGUCUGGUUAUGAGGUCCCAGCCGAGUGCUCUCAGUCUCUUCAGCCCAACACCGUGGGCAAACUCACAAAAUGUGCUCACACUUUCCACAUGCUCUGCAUGCUGGCCAUGUACAACAAUGGAACCAAGGAUGGGAGUCUUCAGUGCCCCUCAUGUAAGUUGAUCUAUGGAGAGAAGACCGGCACCCAACCCAAGGGCAAGAUGGAGAUUUACAGUAUCCCUCAGUCUUUGCCUGGCCACCCAGACUGCGGCACUAUACAAAUCAUUUACAACAUCCCGCCCGGGAUACAGGGUCCUGAGCACCCAAACCCCGGGCAGCCGUAUACGUGCAGAGGAUUCCCUCGCUUCUGUUUCCUUCCUGACAAUGACAAAGGAAGAAAGGUGCUGGAGCUGCUGAAAGUGGCGUGGACACGGCGCCUCAUCUUCACCGUGGGCACUUCCAGCACCACAGGGGAGCCAGACACCGUCAUAUGGAACGAGAUCCACCACAAGACGGAGAUGAUGUCCAACGUCUCCGGCCACGGCUACCCCGACCCCAACUACCUGGACAAUGUGCUCUCUGAACUGGCGUCGCAAGGCGUGACGGAGGACUGCCUGAAACGGGACACUCCGAGCCAAGAGGCUCAAGGUUCAGCCAUGUGAACCGGACCGUCCCAUCUACUGUAGAGCUAAUAAAACUUGACAAAAAGGGGAAACUGGUGUUGCGCUGUUGGUUGGAUGGAUGCGAAUGUGGUUGAACCCAACUUCCCCAAUCCGUUUCCACACUUCGGCUGAGUCUAGAAUAUUAAGGCACAUGUGAGGUCACUGGUUUCGUGGUCAUCUUUACUUUCACCGUGUUGUAAGGCAGCUACAGAUGGUUCUGCAGGAAUAGCUCGGCUGAAUGUUUUCGAUUGAUGAGGGUGAACGAUUCUCGUGCCAGGAGGAAACGCGCCAGUUUAGCAUCCAUCUCAACACACGAUUCAUCAUAGAGGCUAUGACUUACUAAAUUACAGUAGGGCAUCUGCGACUCUGACCACUGUGCUAUCACUGGGAAUCAAGCAUACAGUGGUUCUUUAAAAGCAGAUGAAAACAGUCCAAAUUGCACAUCAAUGCAAGUCAUAGAUCUUUACUAGGUACUGUAAAAUGUACUGCUUCAGAAAUUAAAAGGCACUUUUACAGAAUCUGCAGCUGUUUCGGUUAGAUUGGUGAUGGUGUUCACUAGCUGCUAUUACUUCUUUCUUGUA